AUGAUGAUUAUUGAACAAAAUUUGUUCGCUUUUGUUUUGAUAAAUUUUCUAUCAAGACAACUUGUUGUCCAUGGUAUCGCAGGUCGCUGCUAUUUAUGUUCGCAAAGAACGCUCGCCGAAUGUGCUGGUAAUAAUCAACCGGAUUCAGCUAUCUAUACAGCUGUUCUUCAAUAUUAUACGGAGCCAUGCAAUGGCCAAUGUGUACUAUUUCGAAACGAAGAUCUUUCAGUUGUACGUGGAUGCUCGUGGACAUAUGGACAUAUGACAUCUAAAUCAACUGGAUGGCAUGAUAUAAGUCCAGGCGUACCAGCUUAUUUUUGUGAUUCCUAUUUAUGUAAUAAUGGUACUUAUGAACAACUACAACAACAACAAGUCUCAAUGAUAAAAACUGAAAUUAUCAAUAAUCCAUUUGUUUUAUUAUCUCAACAAUUAUUUUCAUUGGCAGCAAAUAAUCCGUCAUUUCUACACACAGGUCCGCAUCUAUCUCCUUCUCUGCAGCAAUGUUAUUCAUGUACGGCACGCUUUCAAGGUUGUGGAGACUUUUUAGAUCCCCAUUAUGCAUCGAACUAUAUACGUCCAUGUCCAUCGAGCUGUAUUAUUUUUCGAAAUCCUAAUGAUCUUAAUUUAAUUACAAGAGAUUGUUCAAUAUUUUGGCCGGAAGUACAUGCUAAAAAUGGUAUUCAAAAAUUAUUGGGUACUGAUGCAUUUCUGUGUCAAGAAUCACUAUGCAACGGAAUUAACUUUGAUUUUAUCAUGGGAAUUUAUCAUAAUCAGUUACCAUUUAUUGUUCGAUUUCCUACUAAUGAAGCGAUUCCAACAACAACCAAAGCAACAACUGAUAUUUAUCAUGAUAAUGUCAUAUGGGAUGAUCCGGAUUUAGAUUUUGCUCCUGUGGAAUCUGCAAUUUCAGCUAUUUUAAAAGAUUUUACUACUCCUUCUACUCGACUGACUACUGUCAAAUCAAAAAUACCAUUCAAUAAACGAGAUUCAAAUAAUACUUCAAUGAUCUCAUCUUCAACAUCCAUAUUAUCAACUCGCGAAAACGAUGAGCGUGAUUGGAUAAUACUCAAUACUAGUUCAUCACCAACUAUUACACAAUAUGAAAAUUUGCUUGUCGUCGGCGACGACGACGACGACGACGAUGAUGAUGAUGAUGAUGAUACGGAAAAUAGUAGUGAAGAUAUCAAUGAGUCCGAUGGUGUAGAAUUUCUUUCACCAAGUACUAAUUUAAAUUCUGAUAUAGAUCUAGAUCUAAAUGGUAAUAACCUUUCUCCUGAAUUAAAAGCAACAGCAAUUAUUAAUUUGAUUAAUAAUAGUCAAUCAUUAUUUCCAUCGAAUUUUUCCAACAAUACCCAAGAUGAAUUACUAGACUAUAUGAAAUUAUUACCAAAAUUUCCUAUACCACCAUUCUCAUGGAUGACGAGUGUGAUCAAUCAAAAUGAGAGUGAACUUUUUAAUUCUACUACAACAACUACAGAUCAAAAUGAUGAAUUCAUAAAUAGAACAACUUCAAUAGCAGAUAUCCUCGGAGAAUUUUGUAAAAAUAAACAAUGUCACCAUGGUGGAAGAUUAAAUGCAGAUUGUCUAUGUCUUUGUCUACCGGCGUUUGUUGGAGAUAAUUGUGAAACACUACUUUGUGAACAAGAACCAACAGAAAUUUGUGCUUUUAUACUUGAACAUGAAUGCCAAAAUGAUCAAAUUCUAUAUCUCUGUCCUCAAUACUGUCAGAUGGAUAAUUGUUCAUCGUCAGCAAUGUUAGUAUAG